CUGAAAACAAUCCCUAAAUUACUAGAAACAAAAAAUGGAAAUUACUCGCCGAGCGGGAUGCAUCGGUUUCAACUGGAUUAGGGCACAUAAGACUCUCGCCGUUGAGGUGCAGUAGGGUUUGAUUUCAGGAGAUGACUUCUCCUCAGGGAUCCAAGCUGCCGCCAAAUACUCCGUCAUCAAAGGAUUCUCCUACAUCGAACUUUUUUAACAACUUGUCUCCAAUAAACGUGAUUAGCAGCAGGUUAAGCAGCCAAGCUUUUGAUAGCGUUGAUAUUCCAUCCCCUCAACCGGUCUUCGCAACACCACAAAAUCGCUUGAUAGAUUCAAAACUGUGGAGAAGGUCUCAAACGCUGUUCUUUCCUUGUUGUGAGAAGCCCUUCACGGGUGAUGCAGAUCUUGCUGCCACAUCUUCGGAGUAUCCUUGCAUGACCAGGCAAUUUAUUCCAAUUGCAGCUGUUCAAUCAAGUAAUGGUAGUGAGAAGAAGCUUAAUAGUGGUCACCAUCCUCAGGAUGAAGUUUGCAGGAGUCAUUCGAACAGUGUGGAUGAAUUUUUGUCCAUUCCCAGUGAAGAUUGUGAAAAUAACUCUUGCUCGCCUGGUUUUUUCUUGGGAGAAACUGAUGAUUUGGUUCGUGAUAAAGAUGCCAUUCCUUUUAGCAGCAAUGGGGAUCAGAUGGCAUACCCCAAUGAGGAUUCUGCACAAGUUACGGAGAUGGCCUUUGGCAUCAACGGUGAUCAGAUGGCAUACCCCAAUGAGGAUUCAGAACAAGUUCCAGUGAUAAACUCUUCUGCCACUGUAACCAAUUUUGUGGCCGAAUACACCAAGCAAUCAGAACUUGUUAAUGCUGAACUGAGUUCCAACUUAAAUGUUGGUGAUCAAAAUUCAUCAUGUCAACUUGAGAAGGAUUCUGCCAAGCAGAAGCCAAGUAUUCAAAUUGUGCCUGCUGCUUUUGAAGAGAAUGAAAAGAAGGGAGGACUACUUGGCAGGAAGGUUAAAGCUAAGUCAAAUUCCUAUGUAAAUUCAAUUUCUAGUAGAGAUGAUGAUCCUAUCACUUUUGAUAGGAAACUAUCUAAUCAUUCCCAUGUUCCAAACACUAUGAAUUUUAGUAGUAUGUGUCAUGUGGACGAAUGCCCAAGCACUUCCAGUACUUAUGUGCUUGGAAUGCAGGAUGUUGUAAGUACAGAAUAUUUGGGUAAACUGGGCGGUGUUUAUGAGGCAAAAUGUGAAAUUCCAAGAAAUUCUCAGUUCCACACUAAUCAUCCUGGUAUAUCGAGUCAGAUUAGUGAUGCAUCUGGCAAGAACCAGAGAAACUAUGAUCAGGAGGAUAUGACCCAGCAUAGUCGCGGCAUGUAUAAACGUCUUCAGUUUGAGGAUUUUGAAAAGAAGGAACAGAGUAUUGCAUACGCUGGAAACUGUACGAACUUAAAAAGUCCUCGUUUCAUGCCAGUGACAACAAUGAUAUCUUCUAAUAUGGGAAGUUCACAUGGUUCUACUACAAAUACAAUUGCAAUGUCUAGCACAGUUCAGUCGAUUCAGUCCCUACCAGGAAAUAUUUCCUGCAAUUAUUUGGUUAAGACUGAUGGUUCUGAGCAAAGCAAGGGAAGAUUCACUGCAGUGGUUCCUAGAUCGUCUGGUAUUGGCUUGCACUUAAAUACCAUUGGCAUGACUGGGGAGAUGAAUGGCCACAUAGAUAUGAAGAUGCCAAUGGAGGGUUUAGGUGACAAUGGGAAAACAUUUUUGGACAUUGGUUGUGAAGUACUGUCACAGGAAUCGAAGGAUAUGAUGGUCUUAAGAAAUGGAGCUAGAGAAGUUUCAGUCCAAUUACAAUCUGAUUCUGAUGAUUCCUCAUUUAAUUCAAUGGAGGAAUGCAAUAAAGAGAAGCGUAAUAAACCACUAGAUUUUGCUCCAGAUUACCAUUCACCACUUGAUGUAGAACCUUUGGAUAUGUGCAUGCAACCGGAAUUUAGUGUUCACCACAUAACUCCGUGCAGUAGAAAAGGAUUGCCAGGUGUAGAAACCAGCAAAUCAGAGGAUUCAGCACAAACUAGCCUUGGAAAGAAGAGGAAGAAGAAUCCAGAGAUUGAGGGACAAAAACGAUGCAGUUGCAAGAGGUCCAAAUGCCUGAAACUCUAUUGUGAUUGCUUUGCUGCUGGAAUGUUUUGCAAUAAAAGUUGUGCUUGCCAAGGAUGUUCUAAUAAUUCAGAAAAUGAAGAAAUGGUCAGUUCAACAAGGCAACUGAUAGAAGCUCGCAAUCCACUUGCAUUUGCUCCUAAAGUUGUGCAUGCUAAUGGUGAUCUAAAAGAGAGUGCAGAUAAUAAGCAUAUCACACCUCCUUCCGCAAGGCAUAAAAGAGGGUGCAAUUGCAAGAAGUCCAAGUGCUUGAAGAAAUACUGUGAAUGCUAUCAGGCUGGUGUUGGGUGUUCCUUGGGAUGCCGUUGUGAAGGAUGCAAGAAUGUUUAUGGGAUGAAAGAAGCAUAUGGUGAUAUCUCAGAGAUAGUUGUAGAGCAUCAAAAGCCCGAGGAUGUCCUUAACGGGGAGUCAUCUGUUGAGGCAUUGGAAACUGUGGAGGCUAACAACAAAGUAUCUGAUAGUGAGCAAAUCAACACUCGCUUCACCCUUCCAAUACAAUCGGUGCAAGGCACAAAUGAUAGUGUAAAUGGUGUUGCUAGAUUACGGCUUCCAGCCCCAGAGUCUAAUUUUGCUGCAUUGUCAUCUUUAGAGUCGCCAACUUCUGCAAUAAAUCACACAGGGAAAUGUGCACAUGGAGAAAAGAGUGAACAAACUUUAUCUAUUGUCCCAUACAACCAGCAGUUUGAUUCUAGUCCCGGUUUGAGUGUUGAUUCACUGUCACCUGGAUGGAAUGAGUUUACAUCUAUAUGUGAUAUUAGCCCUUUAUCAGAUCCAUCCAACAGCUCUAAAACCAAACAAGCUAAAAUUUAUUAUGCAAAAUUGUUCUCAGAUAGAGACACAUUGUCUGGCGUUUCAUUCCAACAUUGCUUAACUGCCACUUCACAAGGUGGCCUUGGUGAAGGAAAAUUCAUAAUUAAUUCUGCUACUGGUGGACUGCAGUACAAUCCUGUAGAUGAAACUCCUGAAAUCUUAAAGGAUGCCCACUCUCCUACAAAAACAGUAAUAGCCAGCUCACUGAAUCAGAAGCGUGUAUCUCCUCCAAGUAAAAUGUUGCAUGAAGCAGGAUCAAGUUUUUCGCCCGGCCUGAGGAGUGGCCGUAAAUAUGUCCUGCAUUCUAUCCCACAGUUUCCAUCUCUUACUCCAUACAGAAAUAACUGAAAAAAUAAGGGCACUUGAUGUCCCCAGAAGAGAACGAAUAAAGUUCAUAUGUUGCUCAUCGCCAUUGAUCAAAAUAUUGUAGGCAUUUCAUUCAUGGUGCUGAUAUUUGCCUGCUGAAUUAAUGAAAGGUAUCAAACUUCAAAUGUUUUCUGUUUCUAGAAGGCAUCUCAAAGUUAUGUUUGUGAGUUUUAUAGUUACUAGUUCUGCAAAAGCAAGAUUCAUUGCUAAAAGCGAAUGAAAUUUUUAGAUGCAACUCUUACUUCAUUCAGGAUGGUUGCUUGCAUGCCUGCUUUGUUUAUAGUCUCCAAUUUUAAACUAUUUUUUCCCUCCAAAGUGGAGUAGAUGUAAAUAAAAACUCAUAAGGAGCUCAUUUAUUUGUACAUUUUUUUUUUCCCUGCAGCUGAGUUAUUGAUUCUCUGAACCUGUCUCCAUGAAUUUGAAAUUUA